CGACCACUUCCUGCAAAAUAGUGCUCCCUAACAACAGACAAAGCUUCAUAUGGUGGUUUCAACCAAAGGCGCUUAAUUAAAAGCGUUCCUCCAUCACUCCUUCAAUGGGUCCCGCCAGGCUCUCCAGGUACAGAGAGUAGGCUGAGUGUGCAGACAUGUCGGGCCGCUCCGCUGCAGAGAUGGAUGACUCGCAGGAGCUGCCGGCAAAGAAGGCCAAGAUUGACGUAGAUGGUGAACUAAAGAAAGAGUCGGGUAAUUUGGGGGAUGAUGGGAGCCCAGCUGCUGUUUUAGGUUCAUCAGAGCAGGAGAACUCAUAUUCUGCCCUGUCCACAGCCCAAAUUGAUCCAGGUGAACAGGAGCAGUCCAGCGCAGAGAGGGGAGCUGCAUCUCAACCAUGUGGUGACUCAAUUAACUCAUACGGUCAUUCUGCCACUGAUGCCACAGCCACAUCUGAAUACACCCAACAGGUUUAUCAGGGAAGCAACCCAGCAGUAACGUCAUACACCAGUCAGGUGGCGUUUCCUCCUCUGGCCCAGUCCACUGUGUACUCAUCCUUCCCCCAAACAGGCCAGACCUACGGUCUCCCACCUUUUGGUGCUAUGUGGCCAGGCAUAAAAACAGAGACAGGGCUGCCUGAUGCGCCCUCUGGUGGCCAGCCUGGGUUUCUCAGUUUCAGCUCCACAUAUACCUCAACCCAGCCAGGCCAGCUGCACUACUCAUACCCCAGCCAAGGCUCAAGCUUCACAACAUCCAGUGUGUAUUCCAACAUCCCUUCAGCUACUGCUGCGACUACAACCGCCUCGGCGGUGACCCAUCAGGAUUUUAGCAGCUAUAACUCUCUAGGACAGAGUCAGUUCUCUCAGUACUACACUCUUCCUCCCAGCUACGUGCCUGCUGGGCUACCUAACAGUGAUGACCACGGUGGCGGUGCGGGUGUCGCCGGAUAUUCAGCAGUGAAAUCAGAGGAGGCCGCCUCAGCUGGACUGCCUCCUAGAGAUGCGUCCCCACCAGAAAACCUGCCUGUUUGUGCGGCUCUUCCUACAGCUGUGGCAGUGCCCGCUGGAGCUCGAGAUCAGGACGAGGUCGGCCGCAGGAACUCGGUGGGCAAAGCCAAAGGGAAGGGCAAGAAGUCUGAUAACUCUCCACCUGCUGAGAGUGACCUGGAGCGCAUUUUUUUAUGGGAUCUGGAUGAAACUAUUAUCAUAUUCCACUCUUUGCUCACCGGCUCUUACGCUCAGAAGUUUGGCAAGGACCCGGCGACUGUGUUGAACUUGGGCUUGCAGAUGGAGGAGCUGAUCUUUGAGCUGGCAGACACCCAUCUUUUCUUCAAUGACCUCGAGGAGUGUGAUCAAGUCCAUGUUGAGGAUGUGGCCUCUGAUGACAAUGGACAGGACCUGAGCAACUACAACUUCAUGGCGGAUGGAUUUAACGGCCCCAGCGGUGGAGCUGCAUCAGGAACCACCACAGGAGUUCAGGGAGGGGUGGAGUGGAUGCGUAAACUGGCCUUUCGCUACCGCCGGCUAAAAGAGAUCUACAAUAGUUACAAAGGAAAUGUCGGGGGCCUGUUGAAUCCCAUGAAGAGGGAGCUGCUGUUGAGGCUUCAGUCCGAGAUCGAGAAUGUUACAGACUCCUGGCUCAGCACUGCACUCAAGUCUCUGCUGCUCAUCCAGUCCAGGGGGAAGUGUAUGAACGUGUUAGUCACCACGACUCAGCUGGUUCCAGCUCUGGCCAAAGUGCUGCUCUACGGCCUGGGAGACGUCUUCCCCAUCGAAAACAUCUACAGUGCCACAAAAAUAGGGAAAGAGAGCUGCUUUGAGAGGAUCGUCUCUCGCUUUGGGAAAAAAGUGACUUAUGUGGUGAUAGGUGACGGCCGAGAUGAGGAAUUUGCAGCAAAACAGCACAACAUGCCUUUCUGGCGGAUCUCCAGUCACGGCGACCUCGUGUCCCUUCACCAAGCGCUGGAACUGGACUUCUUGUAACGAGGAUGCUGUUGAAUGCUGCGCACUCAAAGGGAAAAUGUUGUCGUCGUACUGGUGACUUGUGGAGUGAAACUGUGUGUGUGAAUAAUUCUCCACAAGCCCAACAAUCCACACUCACCUGUUAGAAAUCUGCUCUCGCUUUCCGACGACUUGCAACUCGCUGUGUGUUGGUGAACGUUUUGAGGCGGACUUUGGGUCGGAGCCGCCUGCGAGAAACAAACUGGACGCGUCAGUCAUCAGAAGUAAGGUUCCUCUCGCCCAGCACCCCCUCCUCUACGGCAGCUAAGCUCACUGCGGCUGAAACUGGCACUGAUUUGGACACAGAAGGGAUGACUUCUAUUAUCCAGCUUCUUCACGGUUUUUGGCUUUUGUUUUCACAUAAGCAUCCAAAUGUCCUGCAGCGAACAUCACCCCUCAACUCUCACUGAGUUUAAACGGCUAAAGAGACGUUGUUGUUUGUUGGUGGCUUUGUCUGUGGAGGUUGUUAUAGCUUUUUAUUUUGAAAAAUCUCUUUCUGGGGUGACUUGAAAGCAUAAUUUUGCCUUUAUUUUUUUUCCAUCAUGUUCCUGACAGUCAUCAGGUAUCAAUUAAUCCCACUUUUAUGUAUUGCCUCUCAUGUAGCCAGACCGUUAUUAAACAAAAGGUACUCAGUGAUGGAGGGCGGCGGGGGCCAUUAAUCUCUGACUAUCACGACAAGACCAAACCACACCAUCAGUCAGCACCAUCAGUUCUGACCUCUCCACUGUGUGAUCCGUGGUCAUUGAGCGUGUGCUAAGGAUAAGAGGUGCAAACUGCAGGAAGUGGUAAUAAGUGUGGGAAAAAAUGCACAGAGCAUCAUCAGUUUCAUGGAUGACUGGGCAGAAGGAUCACAAUUUUAUUAUUAUUAUUUUUCCCCCAUUGUGUGGUUUUCAGACUCGUGGCUUCAUUUGAUGUUUUAUAAGGCAAGAAAACAAAUAUGUGACUUAACAGAAUACUGAAAAAAUAAGUAAUAAAAGUUUAAUAAAUGAUAAAUAAUAAAUAUUAUAAUAGCCUCCAGUUACACUCCAGGGCUGGACUACAUACGUAGAACUACAUCCUAGUGAGACUUAACUACACCAACGUCAGAUAUUUAUCCUUUUUCCUCUUGUGGCUGUAAAGAGCUUCUUUAACUGAAGCGUGUUCACUAAGCGAAAGCUGAAGUUUUGUUAUAUACGGACUUAAAAACAUUUUUUCCACCGUAUGCCAAUGAUAAUCAACAUUGUUUGUGUCCUUUGGGCUCCUCAGAGCGCAGUCCCAAGUGUCCUUGAAUUCCCAGAAGAGAGGUGGAGUGUUUAAUCUGUAACCAGAACAAAACCGUGAUUCAAAUGUCCGCACUAUCAUAUUCAUUUCACUGUGAUGUGGAUCUGUUGAUGCCUGGUUCAAGUGUGCUGGUUUGGUCUUUCCAAAAUUGUUCCAGUACAAGUGAACACCCGAUUAAUGGGAGUUUAUUUUUUGUUCAUAAGCUAAUCACAAAGUAGAAAUCUUUUUUUCACUUUCCUCCUAUUUAAAGAAAAACUGAGCCCAUCUGUGGUUUUAGAGAAAUGUUACACACCCGAAGAUCAUGUAGCAUUUUUAUGUGUAAACUUGAUGGCUGAGUUUCUCACACAUGGAUUAAUCAAAGUCCUCGAUCAUGAAACUUUGUUCUUCAGAGAUCAUCACAGUGAGUUAUUCUUAUAAUCUGGGAAACUUGCUGACUUUCAGAUGAAAGCAUGAAAUAUUCUGGAGUGUUGUUUUUCUUUCAUCGUCAUUGUUGUUUGUUGAUUUUCUUUCUUUCUGUCUGUUUAUUUUCUUUUCUUUCAUAAAAGUAUUUUUUCAUUGUUUUUCAAAAUACCAGAAAACUUGCAGCUGAAUAUUUUUGGCUUUUUGAGGCUCUGUUGGUCUUAUUGGAGUCGUAGAUAUGAUGUGCAUCAAAUUACUAAUUAGGAAGAUGAUUAAUAAUUAGAUGCUGUCAUAAUUUUGUCUGUGAAUGUCAGAAAGUGGUACAGAAGGCAGUCUAAGACCCAAAUAUUAUUAUAAUAAAGGGGGAAAAAAGAAGUAAACAAGAAAUGGCUUUACACACCUCCUCAGUUACUUUGAGUUAUCGUCACUCAGCCUCACAACAACCCAAAGUCUUUCUAAAUCAUAUAGGAGGGAAUCAAAAAUAAAGGAUGACAGUGCAAUAAACUUCUACUUUGCUCAUUAACUGUAUUUCGUGGGGUUUGUUUUGUUAUGUAGACGGCGAGGAGCGCAGAGGGAUGGACCUUCCCCAGUCUGAGAUUAAGACUGAACAAUAACUGAGCCUGAAGAAGAUUUUCACACACAUGCAGCUUGACCAUUAAGAAUGUGUAUUUGUGUGUCGUUUUGUUUGUGUCCCGUGUGCAUAUUUAUAUUGUGCCUUUAACCAUCAUCUGUCUGCUUAAUCUCAAAGGGAAAUAUCUUUUUAUGUUUGAUACAUGUAUCUCUGCAUUGUUAUUCUCCAAAGUGUUAUUUUACUUUAUUUUUAUCUCAAUACUUUUUAAGUACUGUCGAGAUUUUCUUUUGUUACUGAGUUUGACUUUUUUGACUUGAUUGUUCUGUCUGCACUGCAACUGAAAGGUCUCGUAGAAAACUCCACAUGCACUGCGGCUCAGUGUUUAAAGAAAUUUAAAGUUUGGCGUUCAGAUGUUUUCCUCCUUUUGACGAGGAGAUUUUUUUUUCUUUUGCUGUGAAACAUUUAGCAUCGCUUAGACAAUCACAAUCCCCGAUGUUUGGUGUUUUAUUUUUUAUGGCUGGUCAGAAGCAGCUGUAACAAAGCGUGCUCGUUCUGUCGUUCAGUUACUACCUUAGUGAAUCAAAGGGAGAACGAGCAGUCCUCAAACAGAAAACUGAGACCUUUGCAUCUGUUCAGCUUAUUGAAUGUUUAUUUCUUUACUUUGUCUGCAUGUCACGUCUGUUUUGAAGUAUAUUAUCAUGGCCGUACAUAAUGACCAUGAAAUGUUUAAGGGACUAUAAUCUUAGAUUUUCUUUUUUUCAUGCCAAAUAUUGCUGUUAUUCAAAAGCUGUUUAUUUUAUAUAUAUUUCAUCUCAUUUUCUGACAUGUGAGGCUGUUUGCGGUCACAUAGAGAGCCUGAAAACUCAACACUAUCAUAAUAAUCAAUGCUAAUUAUUUAAUGACAGUAAUCACUAUUUCCUCCCAACAGCCCUGUAAGGUUUUCCUGUGUAAGACAAUAUAAUGUAAAUACAUUUUAAAAGGUUUCAGACUCAA